CGGGGAGACCCGAAGAGAAAACAAGAUUUCUCUUUUUUUACUAUUUUACUGAUAAAACUUCGAAAGAAAAAUAUAAAACAUUUUAUCAUAUAAAGUUGAUCCAUUUUCUAGUUGUUAGUCUUGCAAUACUCAAGGUGUUUUCUUUGUGAUUUAAAAAUUCUCAUCAUGUUUUCAUCAAAAUUCUUGACUUUUUCGAGAACUGCUAAGGCUGUUUCUCAAAAAUCUUUAAUGUGCAGUCUUGUAAGACAUCAGUCAACAACUUCUAGUGACUUGGUGCUUAUGAAUGUUGAUAGUAAAACCGGAUAUGCAACCGUAACAUUAAAUAAGCCACCGGUAAAUAGUUUGAAUCUUGAAAUGUUAUCAGCUUUGUCAAAGGUUUUAGACACUCUGCAAAAUGAUAAAUCAAGAGGAAUGAUCUUAACAAGUUCUUCGGAAACGGUUUUCUCAGCUGGAUUGGAUAUCAUGGAAAUGUACAAACCUGAGAAGACAAGAUUGCGUGAGUUUUGGUCAACACUUCAAGAUGUUUGGCUUAAAUUGUAUGGGUCACCAUAUCCAACAGUAGCUGCAAUUAAUGGACAUGCACCAGCUGGUGGUUGUCUCCUUGCAUUGUGUUGCGAAUAUCGGAUCAUGCGUCAAAAUUUUACGAUUGGAUUGAAUGAAACACAACUUGGAAUUGUUGCUCCGAAAUGGUUCAUGGCAUCCAUGAAAAAUACUAUUCCAACACGUUUAGCAGAACAGUCGUUGACACUUGGAACGAUGUUCACAACUGAUGAAGCGUGGCGCAAUGGAUUAAUUGAUGAAAUCGCAGAUGAUAAAGCAGAUGCAUUAGAAAGAAGUAAAGCGUUCUUAAAUCGUUUCAAAAAGAUUCCACCAAUUGCUCGUGCAUUGACGAAACAACAAUUACGCAUUAAAGAUAUUCAAGAUCUUGAGGACAAUCGAGUUGCAGAUAUCGAUGCGUUUGAAGCUGCUGCAAUGCUUCCAACAAGUUUUUCGAAGUUGUCAAGAUCAUUUAAUUUGAUAUCGUCGAAAUGUUUAACAACUCCGACAUUCGUUAGAUUUCAAUCGACUGCUCUUAAGGAUUUAGUUUUACUAGAUGUCAAUGAUAAGACUGGAUUUGCGACAAUGACAAUGAAUAGUCCACCCGUGAAUACUCUGAAUCUUGAUUUGUUGACAGCCAUGUCGAAGAGUCUUGAUGUUUUGGAGAAGAACAAUACACGAGGAAUGAUUCUGACAAGUUCUUGCAAAACAACUUUCUCUGCUGGCCUUGAUAUUAAUGAAUUAUACAAUCGAGAUAAGGAAAGAAUGCGAGAAUUUUGGAGAACAUUGCAAGAUGUUUGGAUGAAACUUUAUGGAACAAAAUAUCCAACUGCAGCUGCUAUAAAUGGCCAUGCACCAGCUGGUGGUUGUCUUCUUUCGAUGUCAUGUGAAUAUCGUGUCAUGCUGCCGAAAUAUACGAUAGGAUUGAAUGAGACUCAACUGGGGAUUGUGGCACCAUCGUGGUUUAUGGCCACAAUGAAAAAUACGAUAUCAGCUCGUGAUGCUGAACUUGCGUUGACACUUGGAACUUUGUUCAAAACUGAUCACGCUUUGAGGAUUGAGAUGAUCGAUGAAAUUGUAGACACAAAAGCGCAAGCAAUUGAGAAAUGUGAAGCAUUCUUGGAAAAGAAUCGAAAAAUACCAUUCGAAGCAAGAGCGCUGACAAAACUUUCUUUACGAAGCAACGACAUUAAACAGUUGCAAGCAACUCGAGAAGAAGAUGUAGAAAAAUUUGUUAAUUUUGUCACUGAGAAAAGUAUUCAAAAGAAGUUGGGUCUUAUUGUUCGUGUGAUGAAAGUGAGAAAAAUUCUUAAAAAUAUUACAAAACCAUUUGGAUCGAUCGCUAAGAUUUCCAAAACUGAACAUUUGCUAUCGACAUCGGUUUGUUUUUCUUUUUGUUUUCGUUGUGAAGCUAAAAAUAAUUUUUAUUGUAAAAUGUUAAGAAAUUUGAGAAUUCCGUCUUUGUGGAAAUCAGGGAAAAACUUGCGAUGCUUUUCAUCUGCCGAUGAGAAUAAGCAAGAGUUGGUUAAUGUGGAGAUCAAUGACAAAACCGGCGUAGCAUGUAUGGCAAUGAAUAAUCCACCAGUUAAUUGUUUGUCCUUGAAUUUCUUGAAAGACUUUUGUGAUAAAAUUGAUCUUUUGGAAAAAGAGAAAGUUAAGGGAAUGAUUUUAACGAGUUCUGUUAAGAAAGUUUUUGGUGCUGGUUUGGAUUUCCAUGAACUUCUCAAACCGGAGGAAUCGAGAAUCAAUGCUUUCUGGUUGUGGUUUCAGGAGUCAUGGUUAAAGUUGUAUGGUUGUUCAUUUCCAACUGCAGCAUUGAUUAAUGGACAUGCACUUGCUGGUGGUUGUGUUUAUGCUUUGUCAUGUGAAUAUCGAGUAAUGAUGAAGGAUUUAAAGAUUGGUCUUACUGAAACUGCUGUGGGAAUUGUGCCACCAGAUUUUGUUAUUUCUUGCACAAGAAAUGCGCUUCCAACAAGAAAAGCUGAACUUGCUUUGGUUCUGGGAAGUGUUUACACAACACAUGAAGCUCUAGAAAUGGGAUUCAUUGACGAGUUGGCAGCAGAUGAAGAGGAGGCAGUAGCUCAAUGUGAAAGUUUUCUUAAGAAAUCAGCUAAAAUUCCCAGAAUUGCUCGAGAGCUUACUAAACAAACUUUAAGGAAAGAAGGUUUAGAUCUUUUAAGGAAUCCACAAAAACAAGAAAUUCAAAAAAUUGAAGAUCAGCCGCCUGUCGUUGCGCCUGAAAUAUCGCUCGAAGUUAAGCCUGAAGCAUCAAAGAUGAAAAAAGAAAAGCAGAAAAAACUUGAACAAGAAUCAUCAGGAGGCGACGGUGGUGAUAAAAAAGUAGGUGUUAAAGAACUAUCACCGCCACCAGCAUAUAUUGAGGAACGAAUUAAACUUUAUGACAUUCUCAAAGCUCAAUAUCUCGAGGACCUGGCAGCAAAGCCAAAAAAUAAAAUCAACAUCACUUUACCUGAUGGUAAAGUCAUUGAAGGAUUGUCAUGGCAGUCAACACCUUAUGAAAUUGCACGUGGAAUCAGCCAGGGAUUAGCUGAUAAUACAGUAAUAGCUAAGGUGAAUGAUGAGCUUUGGGAUUUGGAUCGGCCAUUAGAAGGCGAUUGUUCAAUGAAACUUCUGAAAUUUGACGAUCCCGAAGCUCAAGCUGUUUUCUGGCACAGUUCAGCUCAUAUCCUCGGUGAAGCUAUGGAAAGAUGCUAUGGUGGAAAAUUAUGUUAUGGUCCACCGAUUGAAAAUGGAUUCUAUUAUGACAUGUUUCAUGAAGGAGAAGGUGUAUCGCAAAACGAUUACAAAGCAAUGGAAGAUCUUGUGAAGAAGAUUGUUAAAGAGAAGCAACCUUUCGAACGUCUGGAAAUGAAGAAAUCAGAUCUCUUGAAGAUGUUUGAGUAUAAUGAGUUUAAACAUCGAAUUUUGAAUGAGAAAGUCACAACUGAGACAACAACUGUCUAUCGUUGCGGACCAUUGAUUGAUUUAUGUCGAGGACCGCAUGUGAGAAACACAGGAAAAGUAAAAGCUAUGAAAAUUACUAAAAACUCUUCAACAUAUUGGGAAGGAAGAGCUGACGCCGAGACACUUCAAAGAAUUUAUGGCAUUUCAUUUCCCGAUUCAAAACAACUUAAAGAAUGGGAAAAACUACAAGAAGAAGCUGCAAAACGAGAUCAUCGCAAGAUUGGGCGAGAGCAAGAACUUUUCUUCUUUCAUGAAUUGUCACCUGGUUCGUGUUUCUUUCAACCACGUGGAGCUCAUAUUUAUAAUACUUUAAUCAACUUCAUUAAAACUGAAUACCGAAAACGAGGAUUUCAUGAAGUUAUUUCUCCAAAUAUUUACAAUGCAAAGUUAUGGCAAACCAGUGGCCAUUGGCAACAUUAUGCUGAGAAUAUGUUCUCAUUUGACGUUGAAAAAGAAAAGUUUGCAUUGAAGCCAAUGAAUUGUCCUGGACAUUGUCUGAUCUUUGAUCAUCGUAUCAGAUCAUGGCGUGAAUUGCCAUUGAGAAUGGCAGAUUUUGGCGUUUUACAUCGUAAUGAACUUUCAGGAGCUUUGACUGGUUUGACAAGAGUCAGAAGAUUUCAACAAGACGAUGCUCACAUAUUUUGUGCACCAGAACAUAUAAAAGAUGAAAUCACUGGCUGUUUAAGCUUCCUUAAACAUGUUUACGGCAUUUUUGGAUUUACAUUUGAUUUGGUUUUGUCAACACGUCCUGAGAAAUUUCUCGGUGAAAUUGAAGUGUGGAAUGAAGCAGAGAAAGCUCUUUCACAAUCACUUGACGAAUUUGGCGAUAAAUGGACAUUGAACCCUGGCGAUGGAGCCUUUUAUGGACCGAAGAUUGAUAUCACAAUAAAAGAUGCUUUGAAGAGGGCACAUCAAUGUGGAACAAUCCAACUUGACUUUCAAUUGCCAAUUCGUUUCAACUUGAAUUAUAUUGGAGAGUCUGGCGAGAAGAAACGACCGGUUAUGAUUCAUCGUGCUAUUCUUGGAUCAGUUGAACGAAUGAUUGCAAUUUUGACAGAGAAUUGUGCUGGAAAGUGGCCAUUCUGGUUGUCACCACGUCAAAUUAUGGUUGUGCCCGUCGGACCAAGUGUUGAUGACUAUGCGAAUGCAGUUCGCGAUCGUUUACAUCUUGCUGGCUUUAUGGUUGAAUCAGACACAGACGCUGGUGACACAAUGAACAAAAAAAUUCGAAAUGCUCAACUUGCACAGUUCAAUUUCAUUCUUGUGGUUGGUGAUAAAGAGAAGCAAGGUGGAACUGUCAAUGUUCGAACUCGCGAUAACAAAGUUCAUGGUGAAAUUACAGUUGACGGAUUGAUUGAAAAGUUGGAGAAAAUUCGUUCAGAAUUCAUCACCGAUGAGGAUACUUUCUAAUUAAUGGAACUUAUUUCUAAAUCAGUGAUUCUUCAAUUAGUAAUUUAAUCAUAUCUUUGAGAGCUUCUGCUAUUCAAACUGCAUUCAGUUACAAAGUUUCCUUUUUUAUUUUGUGCUUAAAUGGUAAACAAAUAAAAGAUCUUUCAACAGCAAAAUAAAAAUUAAUUUUAAAUUUUACUCGUUCAUCGUUUGUUUGUGUCCAUUUUCCUCGUCUUUCCACUUCUUCAUUCUUUACACAAAUGUAGUCAGAAUUGAAUUAAUAGUAUUAAUUGACAUGUAUGCACAAUGGCAAAAAGAGGUCAAUGAACCAUCAAGAUUAUGAAUAUUUACAAAUGCAAGAAUAAACAAAAUUGAUUGAUGAG